CGCCCCCUUGUUUAAUCCAACUGAGGUCACUAAAGCACAUGGUAUUAAAAAUGGCCACUCCUGCGAAGGCUCGACCAAUGAAGGAAAGGUUUGAGGCUGCUAUCAAAGUAAUAAGAUCUCUUCCAACAGAAGGUCCAUAUCAAUCUUCCAACACCGCAAAGCUCAGGUUUUAUGCGCUGUAUAAGCAGGUAACACAGGGUGCUUGCAAUAUUCCCAAACCUGGAUUCUGGGACGCAGUGGGCAGGGCCAAAUGGGAGGCAUGGACAGUGUGUGGGGAGAUGAGCACAGAGGUCGCCAUGCAGAUGUACAUCGAGGAACUGCAAAGAGUGGUGGAGACAAUGCCUCAGACGACAGAAGUGGAGCAGUUCUUGCUUGCCAUUAGUCCAUUCUACGAGGAGGAGGAGAUAGAUGAUGAAACUAAAGCCGAACCUGUUACCGCAGAGACAACGACAGAGGAGGCACCAAAUGAAGAGAUGACGAGUACCGAAGUUCCCACAGAACCGACUGAUGAGAAUGUACCUCCCAAACCAACCAAUCAGAUGUCAGACGACUCAGAGGAUGGAGAGGGGAGUGGCAGCGAGACUGACGAGAGCGUUGACUUCAAAGACAGCUUCCAAGAACUAAGUUCGGACCCACCUGGCAGUAGCAGUCAGUCGUACACAACCAGUUCACCUAGCACUCUGCAAGACCCCCCACCACUAUCGGUAUCCCAUGGCAACAGACCCCCCAGGACUGUGACAUUUGCCGAGCCCAGCUCCCGACAAAAUGUACCAGGUGGUGGUAGGAGUGGCUUGGGCUCCAUAGAUACGGUGACAGCCGAGGUGGCUAGAAUACAGACCAACAUUCAAUCAAUGUUGCAGCAGCUCAACACUCUGGCAAUGGCUGUGAACGGGCUCACUAGGACGUUGGGCAGUUCAAGCACGGAGAGGGGGACAGCUGCUGGUCAUGACCCACACCUUAUGGUACCACGGCUAGUAACGAGAAGAGGUCCCCUCCUCACACUCCUCUUGAAGACUGGUCCCCUACUGGCCGUAUGGCCGCUGGUGGUCAGUAUUGUUAUGGCAAUUAUCAGCAGAAGGUUUCGAAGUGGCACCACGGGGCUGCCCAGUUGGGCCUGGCUGGUGGUAACUGCUCUGCAGGCCCUCUUCACUCUCCUAAUAGUUAGACGUCUCCAACUCUGAGUCAUUAUUAUUACUUUCGUACCACAAUUGAGGUACACUCUGUUUGUUGUUAGUGGCAUCAAUUUUAUGAUAUUAGAUAUCCGUUAAUCUGUUGUUUGUUUAUAUAUUAUCGUCUCUAAUUAUGAGAAAGGAACUUGCCCUCAGGCAGUUAAUUUUAUUAUGCACACUGAUUGUUUUGUGCUGCGUGUCUGUUUGCAAAUAAAUGUUCUACCACAAAA